AGAGCUCAUCGCAUUCCUGGAACUAUACAUGUGUCAAUUAGGCAAUGUGCACAUCUUUCUGAAACAUGCGUAUGGCGUUUUAUGUUUACAGUAUUUUAAAUUUAAACUACUUCAAAAAUAACUAACCUAUCCCCAUCAUUCCUUAUAAAAUGGAAUGGUAUCGCUGUGUUCUCGCCUCUUUAACUCUGCUUGGUCUUUUCGUUCCGGUGUGUUCGGCCUCAUUAAGCAGCUGCCCCAGUCCUCCAUCAUGUGGCCAAGGUUUUGGCCUGAAAAACUGUGUUUGUGUCCGCUGUCUUCAGGACCACUACUGGGUGGUGAAGAGCGGGCUUACUUUGUGUGCGCGCUGCACAGAAAAAUGUUCAGGUUAUCUUAAGGAGAUAAUUCCCUGUGGCCCCACCCAGAAUCGAGUCUGCCAUUGUGACAGGGGCUUCUUCUGCGAGAGCAAGGCACAGUUCAGCUGCAGGAGGUGUAAGCCCUGCCCUGCUCAAACCUUCUCCAGCGAAAUAUCUAUGGAAGAGUCCUGUCGGCCAUACACUGAUUGCGCUGGUCGCGGACUGGCUGUGAAUGUAAGUGGUACACCCACCCAGGACCAGCGGUGUGCCGAUCCCAUCCUGUACCUCAGCCCUCACAUUAAUCCCACCGUUGGCAAUGCUGAAACCACACAGUUCUCUACCUCUGAGCAAACCAUUCCUCUCCCUGUCACCACCGACAAACCCCAGAACACCAGCCUAACCAUGCCCCGCACAACUGCUGCCCCCAGCUCCGUCAAUGGAAGAUUUGAAGAGUCCUCCUCUUCAGUGGUCCUGGUGGCUGUUUUGUUGGCAGCUGCCAUGCUUCUGGUGUGCUGCGUGUGGCACAAAAAGCAUGUGCUGAAGAGGAAAGGUUGGCCAUUUCUGAAACAUUUGCAGGAGCAAGGGAGGAAGGAAGACACAGAGGGAGGGUAUUUUUCCGAUAUGUCCCAAGGGCUUCUGGGUAGUGAGACGGGGCGGGCACAGCCGGUGGGCCCACCCAAACAGCAGGUCGCAAUGGAUCACAGCGGCAGUGGAGACAGUGUCAGCAACACUGUGGGAUCUAUAUACAUCUACUCUCCCGGAAUGGUGGUUCUUGGUGCAAACACAGCAGAGCAGAGAGAGGAGGAGAAGCCCCCGGGGGAGGCGUCGGCCCACCUCGGCACCCCUCACCAGGAGCAGGGCCCCUCGGAGCUCCCAGAGACAGUGUGCGUACAGGAGGAGGAGGGGAAGGGACUGAGCUACCCGGUCCCAGCCACUGGCAAGUGAGCCCACAGAGAGGGCAAUGGAGCAGUGGGGGAACAGAACUGCCACUGAGAAAAGGAGGAAAACGGUGGAGAUGAUAAACUGCAUUCAUAAAAUGCUUCAUAAAUAAAAUGGGAGAGAAAAACUUUGAAAAACA